CAGGUUUUUCACGUUUUUUUCUGAAUCUUGUCCAAGCACGAUUGGAAACAAUGCAGUGAGGUUUGUUCUCAGCCAUUCCCCGAGGACCUUACUGUGUAACUGGCUUGUUUUGACAAAACUUUUGAACUCAACAUAAGCUGGCCAUUAAAUUAAGCGGUGGGUCGUGAGAGACAGAUGCCAGUAAGGAUAGAAAGGGGAAGGAUAAAGAGGGUGGAGGACGACCAACUUGGCGGUCAGAGAAAUGUUUUUGCUUGUACGUCCAAAUCAGUGCAAUUGACGAAAUAUAUUUUAGUCUGAUAUUGAUUUUACUUUUUUAAUAUUCCCUCUGACUUUGGAACUAGAAAGUAACUCUAGACCCUGAUUCAAUGUUGAAGAGAAACCCUGAUUCCACGGUGAAUUUUGUCCCCAGAAUUUGACAGUGACCUUUGACCUGCUGACCCAGUGACACACAUAGACACAUAGUCCUUUAAGUAAUUGAUGGACCUUAAUAAACGAUCAAAUAGUAUAACAUCUCUCUCACUCUCACUCUUCCUCCUGACUCCCUCCCCCCGCCCUUCCGCCUCCCCCACUCUCUAGCUGUCCUUCAUGGUGCGCAUCGUCCCCAGCCCUGAUUGGUUCGUGGGCGUGGACAGCCUGGACCUCUGCGAGGGCGGCCAAUGGAAGGAGAACGUUUCAUUGGAGCUCUUCCCCUACGACGCAGGAACCGACAGCGGCUUCACCUUCUCCUCACCCAACUAUGAGACCAUCCCCCAGGACAAGGUCAUGCAGAUCACCUCCUCCUCCCCCAGCCACCCUGCCAACUCCUUUUUCUACCCACGCCUGAAGCACCUCCCACCCAUCGCCAAAGUGACGCUGACCAAGAUAAAGAAGACCAAUCAGAUCAUCAGCCUUCCAGCGGAACCCACCCAGUCAAACCAACUGCCAACCGACAACGAGAUUGAAGAGAAGCACAUCAAAACUCCCCUGGAUUGCGAGGUGUCCCCAUGGUCUCCGUGGGGCUUGUGCAAAGGGAAGUGCGGAGACUCGGGCGUGAGGCACCGCACACGCUACGUGCUCAUGCACUCGGCCAACCACGGAACGGCCUGCCCUCUGCUGGAGGAGGAGAAGAAGUGCACCCCCGAUAACUGCUUAUGACUAGGCCAGGGACAGAGGGAGGAAAAGGAGAGAAAGGAGAGGACGAAGCGGAAGGAGAGAAGACAGGGAAAGGGGAGGAAAGGAAAGGGGAGAGUGAGAAACAACAGGAAGCGCUCUGCGUUGACUUCCCAUCUGAAAGUAGUGUAGUGUUAGAAUUUUUGUUGUGCAUCAGAAAGGAUGUUUGAGGGAAUACCAACCCUAAAGACUACACCUUCAAACCCCUAAAACUAAAUUAGUGUACCAGGAACUAUUUAAAAGGAUGCAGAAUGUGGUUAGCUAGCACCUUAUUUUGGUUCCCCCGAAUCUCAAACAAUGACGUUUAUAAAAAUGCAAAACUAUAGUCUUAACACAGGAGGAUAAGGUGCUCAUAUGGUGUUUCACAAUUUGAAAUAUGUUUUUAGAGUGUUUCAAAUGUUUUUAAAUUGACUGUGGUUGUUUUCCUCAGGACAAAGAACACAUUUAUUUACAGGAUUUUAACCUGUACUGUACAGUUUUAAAGAUUACAGCAAUAUUUCAUAUUUGUCUUUGUUGUUGUUGCUUAUUGAUGUAUCACAAGUGACUUUUUGUAAAAUAGUCAAUUAUAAUUCUGUUUAUAACUGUGUAUAUGUGUGUAUGUGUCUAUUGUCAAUAAAAUGUAAAUACAUCUAACAA